ACUUCUGGCAAUGGCCCUCACCCCAUGAAAAGUUAAUACAACGAGACAGCUCUCCCAUAUAUGUACACACAUAUGUAUAGUUUCAGCAUUUCAUGAUCUUCAUCAGUUCAUCAGGUAGCUCUAGCUCUCCUUGAGGGCAUAUAUACACAUAUAUAUAUACAUAUAUAUCCACUUGAUGCUGUGAAGAUGAUGAACAAUACGAUCUUGCCAAGAGUUCUUGCUUUACUCAUUUGUGCAAUGUCCAUUUGCUUCCCAGUUUUCGCAUCUCAAGCCAACCUCACUCACAGUGAAGUGGAAGUUCUGGAGCUAAUUGGCGCGACUUUGGGGAAGGAGGAUUGGGAUUUCAGUGUGGAUCCAUGCGGUGGAGAGAAGGGCUGGGCCACCCUAAACCCAAGCAACGGGUUUGAGAAUGCAGUCACCUGUGAUUGCUCCUUCUCCAACAACACCGUUUGCCAUGUCAUUAGCAUAGUCCUGAAACAGCAAGGUCUUUCAGGGACUCUCCCACAAGACCUGGUGAGGCUCCCUUACUUCCAAAAAAUUGAUCUAACCCGCAACUAUCUUUCCGGCACCAUCCCUCCAGAAUGGGGCACCAUGAAUCUAGUAAACAUCUCCCUCCUUGGAAACCGGCUAACUGGUCCAAUCCCAAAGAAACUUGGAAACAUCAGCACACUUGUUCAUCUAGGUGUGGAGUUCAAUCAGCUGUCAGGAGCCAUUCCUCCCGAGAUUGGGAAUCUUUCUCGCUUAGAGAAACUAUGGUUGACUUCAAAUAAUUUCACUGGGGAGCUCCCCGAAGAACUUGCGAGGCUGACCAACUUGAAGGACUUAAGGCUGGCUGACAACUACUUUACCGGAAAGAUACCCAAUUUCAUCCAGAACUGGACAAAUCUUGGCAGACUAGUGAUUCAGGCUAGUGGUUUGGAUGGUCCAAUUCCUUUUGGCAUUGCUCUUUUGACCAAAAUGACUGACUUGAGAAUCAGUGACUUAAAUGGAACCCAAUCGUCUUUUCCACGCCUUAAUAAUAUGAUAAACUUGAAGUAUCUGAUUUUGAGAAGUUGUAAUCUUAUUGGACCCUUACCUGAAUAUCUUGGGGGGAUGGAAAAGUUGAAGAGUUUAGACCUCAGCUUUAACAAGUUAAGUGGAGGAAUUCCAAGCAGCUUUGUUAAUCUAGCAAUGACUGAUUACAUCUACUUAACUGGGAACUUGCUAAGCGGACCUGUGCCUGGUUCGGUGCUGACAGAUGGAGAAAAUAUUGAUCUUUCAUUUAACAACUUUAGUUUGAGCUCCUCCCAAGCUUGUCAGCAGAGAAACGUGAACUUAUUUGGAAGCUCUUUGAAUGGUAGCACUUCAAUUUCAUCCUGCUUGGGACUUUGCAAACAAAAGAUUAAUUCCUUCCACAUAAACUGUGGUGGGGGAGAAGUAACUGAUGGUGGUGGCACCAAAUAUUCAGCCGAUGUAGACCCAGCUGGGAAUUCAAACUUCUUCCGAAGUGGAAGUAAUUGGGCAUUUAGUAACACAGGUUAUUUUAUGGAUGACGAUCGCGCGGAUGAUUCCUUUAUUGUAAGAAAUAAUUCAAGGCUCUCAAUGAAUAAUUAUGAGUUAUACACAAAUGCACGACUUUCUGCCUCAUCUCUGGUCUAUUAUGGGUUCUGUCUGCUGAACCAAAACUACAUAGUGAAGCUUCACUUUGCAGAAAUUAUGUUUACUCGUGAAGAGUAUUAUAGCAACCUUGGAAGACGUCUAUUUGAUGUUUACAUUCAGGGAAACUUAGUGGACAAAGAUUUCAACAUUGCAGAUGAAAUAGGUGGAGUUGGUCAGGAAAUCAUAAAGCCAUACAAUGCUGUAGUGACUGAUGGAACACUAAAAAUCCACUUUUACUGGGCUGGAAGAGGGACAACUGGUAUCCCUAGUAGAGGUGUAUAUGGUCCCCUCAUUUCAGCUAUAUCUGUAGAACCUGAUUCUAUCCCGCCAUCAGAAGGUCGAAAUGUUACGUCCGCUGGAAAUGUUAUGUCCGCUGGUGUAGUGGCUGGGAUUGUGGCUGCUGUAGCUUUGGCUAUUAUUUUGCUUCUAGGUAUCCUUUGGUGGAAAGGAUGCCUAAGAUGCAAAGAUACUAUGGAUGAAGACUUGAAAGGUAUAGACCUGCAAAUUGGUUCAUUCACCUUGAGGCAAAUUAAAGCUGCCACAAACAACUUUGAUGUUGUUAAUAAGAUUGGUGAGGGUGGUUUUGGUUCUGUUUAUAAGGGACUUUUAUCAAAUGGCACACUAAUUGCUGUAAAGCAGCUAUCUUCCAAAUCAAAGCAAGGGAACCGCGAGUUUGUAAACGAAAUAGGGAUGGUUUCUGCUUUACAACACCCUCAUCUUGUAAAGCUGCAUGGAUGUUGCAUUGCAGGCAAUCAAUUGUUCCUAGUAUAUGAAUACAUGGAAAAUAAUAGUCUUGCUCGUGCUUUGUACGGCCCAGAAGAGCUCCAGUUGAAAUUGGGUUGGCGGGCAAGAUACAAGAUAUGCAUUGGUAUAGCUCAAGGUUUGACUUUUCUCCACGAAGAAUCAAGACUUAAGAUUGUUCAUAGAGACAUCAAGGCUACCAAUGUGUUGCUUGACAAGAAUCUUAACCCUAAGAUAUCCGAUUUUGGUUUGGCAAAACUUAAUGAAGAGGAUAAUACCCAUAUAAGCACACGAAUUGCAGGAACAUAUGGAUAUAUGGCACCAGAAUACGCAAUGCACGGCUACUUAACUGACAAAGCAGACAUAUAUAGCUUUGGAAUUGUUGCACUAGAAAUAGUCAGUGGGAAAAGUAACAGUAGUUUCCGACCAAAGGAGACCUGUUUUAAUCUUCUUGGUUGGGCACUUGAUCUAAAGAAUGAGGGGAAAUUGAUGGAGCUAGUGGAUCCAAAGUUGGGAUCAGACUUUAACAGAGGCGAGGCAAUGGUGAUGAUUAAUGUAGCUCUUAUGUGCACUAAUGUCUCCCCGUCAGUUAGGCCUGCUAUGUCUUUAGUUGUAAGAAUGCUUGAAGGCAAAACAAUUGUUAAGGAACCGGUUUCAGAUGGAAGCAACUUAGUUUAUGACCAAAUGAAGCUGAAGGGGAAAAUGGAUGACCAGCAAGACAACCAAGAAGUAAUGAUGACAGAUAGCACGUCCAAAGGCACGUCAACCAACAGUACAUGGACUGAUUCUUCUCAACCUGCUAGCAAUCUCUACCCGAUCAAUUUGGAUUCUGAGAACAAGAGAUUAAUAGCAAGAAAUGUUGUAGCACAUCAUUUUGGUAGGUUUUCAUUUUGAUACUCCUUCAUACAAUAUCACCUUAUAGUUUUUCCUUUAUUCCCUUUCUUUUCCCCAUUAGUUUGGUGAUUCCUUUACAACAUCCAUCGAAUGCAUAAUGUUGCUUCUGGCAAAUUGAGGAAAAGAAUCUGCUUCAAAGGGAAUCUAUCUCUUUGCUUGUGAUUUUCUUUACUAGUGUGUUUGGAUAGAAAAUACUAAUCUUUAUAUGUUUAGGUCCUUGAGGAUGCUUUCUUC